AUGGAGCUGGUCUCCUUGCCAACCCUGCGCCGUGUUGCAGUGUGCGGUGGUACACAUGGCAACGAACUGUCCGGGAUCUACCUGGUCAGGGAGUGGCAGAAGAGGAAAAAGAGGGAGGAAGGGGCGGGACCAGUUUCCGUGGUGAUGGUCAUGUCAAACCCACGAGCCGUCCAGCAAGGUCUUCGGUACACGGAAACGGACCUGAACCGCUGUUUCACCCAGGCCAGUCUCAGUGCUCCAGUGUCUGACAGGACUCCCUAUGAGAUGCUGCGUUCGCGUGAGCUGAAUGCUCUUCUGGGUCCUAAAGGCAGUCCGAAAGCCGUGGAUUUACUGUGUGACCUUCACAACAGCACCGCCAACAUGGGCCUGUGCAUCAUCUCUUACUCCGACUGCGACUGGAUCUGCCUGCAUAUCUGCAAACACCUCCAGAGGGAGAUGGCGACGAUUCCAGUGAGAUACAUUCACUUCGAUGUCCCUCCUAACGAAGCGUAUUCCCUCGAAUCUGUGGGGAAACAUGGCUUCGCGAUGGAGAUAGGUCCGCAGCCCCACGGCGUGGUAAGAGCGGACAUCUACGCUGCUAUGCAGGAGGGUGUCCAGCUAAUGCUCGACUGGAUCCGACUCUUCAAUUCAGGUGCUAAGUUUGAGGGAGGGUCAGUGGAUGUGUACACUAUGGUGAGAAAUAUCGACUACCCCAGAGACCCACACACACGCUCCAUCACAGCAGCCAUUCAUCCAGAGCUGCAGGAUCGUGACUUCUGUCUCCUGCAUCCUGGCGACCCCCUGUUCCUGUCCUUCAGUGGAGAGACGCUGCGAUAUAAAGGAACAGAGCCACUCUACCCCUUCUUCAUAAACGAAGGCGCGUAUUACGAGAAAGGAAUCGCCCUUUCGCUGGCGAGACGAAGGAAAGUGGAGAUUCCGCCCAUCCACUCAGAGAGAGCCUGA